AUGCUUUCUCCGAAUAUCUCGAGGGAUUUGACUGAUUGCUCUGAGUUUGGAAACAGAUCUUGUCCGGAGAGCUUUAGGUCAGCAGGAGUAUGAGAGGCACUAUAUCUAUUCGUAACUGCAGUCUUCAUUCUCACCAUCUUAGGGAAUUUGACCAUAAUAAUUUCCAUCUCAUAUUUCAAGCAGCUUCAUUCUCUGACCAGUUUCCUCAUCUUAUCCAUGGCUGGCACAGAUUUCCUGCUGGGCUUUGCCAUUAUGCCCUACAGCAUGGUGAGGUCUAUAGAGAAAUGCUGGUUUUUUGGAAUUAUAUUCUGCAAAGUUCGUUACAGUUUUGACUUGAUGCUCUGUUUAGCUUCCAUUUUCCAUCUUUGUUCCAUUGCCAUGGAUUGGUUUUAUGCAAUCCGCCAUCCUCUGCAUUACACCAGCACCAUGACUGUCACAACCAUAAAACAAAUUAUAACAGUCUGCUGGUCAGUGCCUGCUGCUUUUGCUUUUGGUGUGGUUUUCUUGGAAGUUUAUGCUUCUGAAAUUGAGGGCUAUGAAAAGCUAGUUAAAUGCUUGUGCCCUAUUGUGUUCAACAAACUGUGGGGGGCUUUUCUAUUUACAGUUGGUUUCUUUGCUCCUGUUUGCAUUAUGAUAGGAAUUUAUGUUAAAAUUUUUACAGUCUUCCAAAGGCACACAUGGGAGUUGAGCCAGGCACACAGGCACUCAAAAACUGAUGAGAAACAUGAGCUUUCUAAGAAUAAAGAUAGGAAAGCUGAUAAGGCUUUGAGUAUUGUUAUGCUGGGUUUCUUAAUAUGUUGGUUUCCUCAUUUUUUUGUAAUCUUAAGACCAUUCUUAAAUUUCUCUGUUCCUGUAUCUCUGUUUGAUUCUGUAAAUUGGCUUGGGUAUUUAAAUUCUUUCUGCAAUCCAUUAAUAUAUGGAUUUUUCUAUCCAUGGUUUCAAAAACAUUUCUUAAAAGGCAAAAUAUUUAACCAGCAUUUUUGUACAAUAAAACUUUUAUCUGAAGAUCAGUCACAGUAA